CUUAUUGGACAAGCAAUAUUUAUGCUAAUAGCAAUGUUCAAAACAUGGGAAUGGCUGGUGCUUUUCUCCCUCAUUGCAUCCGUUGGCUUAGGUGGAUUAACAUUCAGCGCUUUUUCAGUCAAUUCACUAGAUAUUGCUCCACAGUAUGCCGGCCAUCUGAUGGGUUUAUCAAAUACGCUUGCAACGCUACCGGGAAUGCUGAGUCCCUUAUUCGUUGGAGCUGUCGUACAAAAUGAGCUUUUGCACGAAUGGCGGAUUGUAUUCGUCUUUACAGCAGGAGUGUUUUUGUUUGGCGCUAUCAUUUUUGCAUUAUUUGGCAAAGGAGAAGUGCAAAAAUGGGCUUCAGUCGCGGAGCCGCCUGCAGAUAAUGACUAA